AUGUCAGAGAUUCAUACCGAUGCACCAUCUUUGACUCAUGCCCCUUCAAUAACAUCUGGUACUAGCACUGCCUCCAGAUCUACUUCAAGUCGAGGUGACAAUAUCUCCUCCUUUGAGCCUUUGUCUUUGACCUCAAGGCUUGAUCCCGAAUUAUCAUCAGAACCUACAAGGAUGAGAACAUCUUCACUCUCCAAAUAUGUAUCAGACCAUGAUCAUGACUACUGGCAAAAUAGUCUGCAAAAUUGCGAAAAGCUUCAUUUUCUUAGCCACGCCUUUGGGAGCCAUACAGCCUAUCAGCCACAGCAGGAAAGAAUGCGUCCUCAUAUGGAGCGAUUUAUAAGAUUGGAGCAACUACAGUCAAAAACAUCAGGUCGACUUUCUCCAACACUGUCUCCGAUGAUAUCUGCUCGAGACCUACUGCCGCCACGGUCAUCAUGUCAUAUCCUUGUCGAUGCUUACAUCAACACGUUUGAAAAGGUGCUUCGUAUCUUACACAUACCGACCUUUCUGCGCGAGUACGAGCAUUUUUGGUGUCAGCCUUUGAACUUUCGGGCUCUCGAGGUUGAAGAGCCUUUUUUGUGCAAGCUUUCCAUCGUCCUAGCCCUUGGGUCCACCGUUAUUUCUGAUUCUUCACUAAACUCUGCAUCACUGCAGAAUCAGACUUCUUCGUGGAUAUCCUACGGCAAGAAGUGGCUUGCAAGGCACAUGGGUAGUGCCCACCGAUCUGAUAUCAAUAUGGCACAGAUUCUUUGUCUGAUCUCUCUUGUGCGACAUGUACAUGAUGACGACACCGAGCACUCGGAAGGUUUUCACAUGCACCCAGGAAACUUUGACCUAGCGAGGAUAGGUAUGCAAACGGGGUUUCAUCGUGACCCUUUACUGCGGUCACCAGAGAUGCCGGCUCUUGAAGUUGAGACACGUCGUCGUUUGUGGGCGACUAUGGUUGAGUUAUCGCUUCAGCACAGUUUGGACGAAGGACUGCCUUCUUCCCUCUCACCCGAGAGCUUCGACUGCAAGCCGCCUUCCGACAUAACCGAUGAAGAGCUGGAAUCAGGUCUUGUAUCGGUGGAUCCAAAUCACAAACUGGAGACUCUAGCAGCUUCCACCAUUUUGGUUUUACUCUCGCGAACUCAACAUCUUCGUCUCCAAUGUCUACACCUGGCCAAUUCACCACGAGCAUCCAAGUCAUACAACGAUAGCAAUUACCUCGCCUCAGAACUUUACUCCGCACACCGGGACAAUACGAAUGUUCUUCGAGACAUGGAUAAGAAACCUUCCGGAUUCCAGCUCCAACUACUCCAGACAUAUACCCUGGAGUUCAUCCGCGCCCUUCAUCAGCCUUUUGUCGAACAGUCUACUUCCCAAACCCCAUUCCACUACUCGCGCAAAGUCGUUAUGGAGAUAGCGAUGCGUGUCCUCGCUUGGCCACCUAGUUUAGGAUUGAUAGCUGAUUCUGAAAACCGAGACAUGCAAGUGCAUGAGACGGAUCCUUGUGCAUCACUUCGUAUUUAUGGUCAGGGUUAUUUAGGUCGCGUUCAACGACAGGCCGCGGUGUCAUUGUCGAUCAAUAUCAUCAGUGAUCUAGAAGAUGGUGUUUUUGGAGCCAGUUGCGGGGCUUCGUGGAGGAAGACACAUAGUGUUAUCCAUGAAACUUUGUUGAUAGUUGAACAUCGGGUGAAAGUGUCGUCUGGCGCUCAUGGUAGGAAGGAGUUGCUUUUCUUAGCCGCUGCCGAAGCCUAUAUCAAAGGUCUACUUAGCGAUCUGCAGCAAAAAGAUGUUGAAGAUGCGAUAUACCAAGCGAUAGAUAGUGCAGUCGACUUGUGUUAUGAGGCUGCUGAUCAAAGGUUACGGCGGUAA